GCGGAUUCGACAGCGCAUGAAGAUGGUCAUCGGGCAGCUGGAGGGCAUUCUGCGGGAGCUCAAGGAGGUGGCCAAGGAGCUUCGGGAGCAUCCUAGUCUAGUCGCUGGACCAGCAGCUGUCUCACGUGGGAGCUUAUUAGCUGUGGACCUUCUCAAGCCCCGGCGAAUCCACAGCCCUGAGGAGGGAGCGAUGUGAGCUGACGCAGGAGGGCCCUCACCCUGCUGAUGCCAGCGGCUAAGUGCUCGACUGCUAACCUGAAGGUGGUGAGCCAGAUCGACAAGCUGACCUCCGACUUUGACUUUGAGCUGGAGCCGGAUGACUGGACCACAGCCACUGUGAGCAGCACUUCCAGCAGCGACAAGGCGGGCGUGGGCGGCCCCUUCGACCUGGGCCACCUGGACUUCAUGACAGCCGACAUCCUCUCGGACAGCUGGGAGUUCUGCUCCUUCCUGGAUGCGUCCACACCCUCAGACUCUGUGGACGGCCCUGAGCCGGCCCAGACAGGCGCCGGCCCCGACUACCGGCUCAUGAACGGCGGCCUGCCCAUCCCCAAUGGGCCUCGGGUGGAGACCCCUGACUCCUCCAGCGAGGAGGCCUUCAGCGCCGGCCUCCCCAAAGGCCAGCUGCCCCAGCGGACCCUGGGCACUCGGGAGAGGGUGCGGUUCAGUGACAAAGUGCUCUACCACGCACUGUGCUGUGAUGAUGAGGAAGGGGGUGCCGAGGAGGAGGAGGAGGGUGGCCUGCCUCCUGAGCCUCCCCGUACAGAGCCCCAUGUGAGUCCCCUCAAGCCCUCUCCAGCCCCCCACAAGCUGAGGCGCUCGCCACUGUCAGGCCACCACCACUCAGGCCCAGCCUUGGCCCCCGAGCCGACCCGGCGGGUCACAAGGAACAGCAGCACCCAGACAGUGUCGGACAAGAGCACACAGACAGUGCUGCCCUACACCAGGCAGAAAGCCGGGGCCAAGAACUAGGGGCCGGGAGGGCUGGGGUGGGGCGCAUAGAGCUAUAAAUAGAUACAUAUAUAUAUUUAAACAAAC